GCAUGCGCGACUAUUUCGUAUCUGUUCGGCUUGUUUUCGUACCAGCCGCCCGCCCGGUGCCACUGAUCCUGACAGCCAGCAAACGGUCAACAGGGCAUACGUUUUUACUCCGUAUUUCCUUUUAUUAUUAAACCACUUUUUUAGAAUUAUCCAGUGAAAUGCAUCCUGUAUCCGUGUCCAUACCGUCUUUCCGUUCCGAAGACAGCGCGUCGGAAAAAGGCUACACUGUUUUCAAGAUCGAGGUGUUAACGAGCGGGCGGCAGCACACUGUGGAGAAGCGUUACAGCGAGUUUCAUGCUCUGCACAAAAUGCUAAAAAAGAUCAUGAAACCUCCGGAGCUUCCCUCAAAGCACGUGAGAAACUGGAUCCCUAAAGUUCUGGAGCAGAGACGACACGGUCUUGAGCUUUACCUUCAGACUAUAAUCAUGGAAAACGAGGUCCUUCCUAAAAUAUUCCUGGAUUUCCUCAACAUCCGCCACUUCCCAUCCCUGCCAAAGGCUGAGAGUUGUGGGUCGUUUGAAACCGAAUCCGAAGACUCAUGUAAACUGACACAUCAGCCGGCCCUGCUUUUCCUGAGGGACCCCUAUCUGCUUCCUGCCACUAAUGGUACAAAAACACAUCACUUGGAAUAUUAUUUAAGACGUCCAUCAGCCUUAUCCUCAAUUCAGAAUUCAGACACGUUUUCGAACGUCAUCACCGAAGGCGUGAUUCAUGGAAUAUUCUACCCAGACCUGCAGCCGAGGUAGACCAGCGCUCUCCAGCCAAAAUACAGCAUCUCACGUUCAUGGACAAAGAGGCAUUCACACUCUAAUCAUAUACAAACAAACACUACAAGAACCGAGUCACAAAAUCCUCACACUAUGAUUGAGUUUUUUCUCAUGUACACGGCCCAACAUUGUGAGUUUAUAGAGCAUAAUUGCGCUUUGAAAAAUCUGAGACUUGAGCUGGGUGAUAAGAAUAAAUUCAAUAAAUCUACCAUUAAUUAUUGAUAUUUUUUCACAAAAAAAAUAUUAAAGGUGCGGUCUGUAAUGUUUAAAAGUGCUUCUAGACCUGGAAUAAUCACAUCACCACACAGGUAUAUCAAAAUACAUAUCAUUUGCAAUUUUUACACUCACUGGAUCUGGAUAUUUUCUUUAUUUCUGACCUCUGUUAAAAUAUUUAUUACCUCCGCCCACUGGCUUGAAUAGAGCUGGUCAGCUCUGUGCAUUUUCCUUAAAACGUCCCUCACGUGGCAGAUGUGCUUGAAGCAGGUUGAGGAGGAGAGUGAAAUGAUUGGCAGUGUGUUCACUGUGAGUGCAGUUCACCUUACAGACAACAGAGGGUGCUGAAAUUUUACAGACUGCUCCUUUAAACGUUCAGAAAAUAUGCAGAUAUAGGUUAAAAGGCAACAUUUGGAAUUGAAUCAUCUUCAGAAUUGCAUCAGACUCAUGAUACAGGAAAUCCCGCCUUUUCUUUUUUCUUCCCCUAUUGGCCAGUGCACCAAACCAGUCAAUUAGGUUUACCCUACGCAUGCUGUGAUUGGCUGCUGGUGCGAAACGUGUGAAAGACUGUAUCAAGAGUUCAUUCGAGAAAAUGACUGAAUUGAAAUGAUAUAGAUGUAUAAAAAUAUACCAGAUUUAUGGGUAUUGCUAAAUACUGAUUAUCACCCAGCUCUGUCUGAUAGUCCAAAAGAAAAAAAGGUGCUUAAUUCACAGAUCAUUAACAUAGCCUAAUUAUCACAACCCGUACCUGUUCAAAUAGUAAAGAGAUAUACUGACCGGAGGAUUGGGAAAUAUUUCCAGUUUGGACCAAACGUACUUUAAAAACCCGCAGAGUGUUUACUGAGCCUUUCUACUAAACAUUCUUUCUCUGACGAAGCUUGGAGAACUCACCUCAACUGUAGUAUCAGCAAUCAUGGUAUUUAUAUGAAGAAGGGAACUCUUAAGCAUCUCUGAUGAAUUACUGCAGCUGCUCGAAACUGUGAAAGAGAAGUCUAUCCCAGUCUAUAGUUUACUGGUCUCGGGGUCCAGCUCUACAUGAGGUAAAAGUAAGGGUUCGGUUCUGAGUGAGACUCUUAGAGACAGGAUUCGCUUCCUUCUUCGUUCACUUCAGGUGUGUGGAAUCAAAUGUCGUCUUCUAAAACGAUAUUUGGGGGGGAAAUUAUUAAAAAAUGCACGGCAAAUGUAGCCACUCCGCCAAGAUGUGUUUUGGUGUCUUCUGUUUGCUGCUUGGAGCUAUGAGGCCAACAUAGUAGGCGUAAAAUCUGCUGUUGCGUGUGAUUUGACGUCAUUUUUGCAACCUCGAGUGCAUUCAAACGCAAAGCCGACAAUGCUGCAUUCUUCUUAAAAAGCAAACUGUAGUCAAAGCACACACACGUCUGUAUGUCGAUUGAUUUAAAGCAAAUCCUUGUACUGUAUAUAUACGCCCUAACUUAUUUACAGGUAAGAAGUGCUGCUUUGUUGUUGCUGUGAUGUUUAGAAGCCGUGUUUGUUUCACGUCACGACGUAAACAUGGAAGGAACUCGUAGUUGAGAAGACCACCCCAAGUUGAAAAGUAGGAAUUUCGAUUUGAGAGGGGUUUUUCCUACUUGGAAAUUAGGAAUUACAAGUCACCUUUGAGCAGUACACAGCAUCUAAGGAAGACUGGAAUAUUAUAAGGACAGCCAUAUCAAACAACUGGAAUGGCCUUUUCUAUGUGCCAUAGACCCAGUUCUAGUAGAAAACCGGAUGGUAGCAGGUAUUACAUUUUCUAUUUCCUUGUAAUAAAUUACCUUUUACUGAUCCAGACUAACACAAGUUGUGAGAAGCAAGCAUAUGAAGAUUUGGCCAUGUAUUUUAUGUAGAUGACCGGUGAUGGAGUGCCAGUACUUGUUUAGCAUCAUAGCUCCAGUGCACAGAACUAGAGAAGAAAACGCGUCUUGGCUGACUACAUUUAAAGGAAGUCCAAAUAGGUUUUUUUUGUUGUUGAGUCGUUCCUUUAGGUGUAAUUAUGCUAAAUAACAGGCAACAGACUCAUGAUAAUUACAUUUUUAACUGGUACACAGCGUGUAAGGGUGGGCACCUCAUACCGUGAUGCUCUUACAUGACAGCAGUUUCAUGUAUCGUAAUAUCCGGUUCUGCUAAAAAAGCAGAGCUACUAUACAAACGUUUCAUCAGGAACCCGACGAUAAAGGAAGUGAUAACACGUGAAAAUCCACCAUUGUAUCCAAACAGAUCAAUGGAGACCAGACGUAUUGACGAGACCCAAGACAAGACCCUGAGACGGGCAUUGUAUACUGUGACUCUGUUAUACUGUCUUGUACCACAGUGCUGUGGAACUCUCAAUUCUGAUUGGUCAGAAGGUGUUGAACCAUUUCCUUUAACAGGACACUAGUGCAGCUGCAAAUCACAGGUUUAUAUUGACGUCUGCGUCGUUCUGAUAUGUUCUCAUUUCUGAAGUAACAGCUAAAGCCGACAGUCCGUAUAAACGUUUAGUUGUGAAUUUUUCUAUAAGGAGAUACGUCAUUUUUACGAAAGGCAUCUACAGCGUCAGCACUUUGUUACAGUCAGUAAGGUUUCUGAUCCAGGAAAGUCUUCUCAUUGUUUUUUUUUAACUUAAAAAAGGGAGGCUGGUGAGGGGAAAAGGUUUAUAGCUGCUAUAACCUAAGUGAUAACAGGAAUGAACUAAUUUUUUUACAACAUUAACUAUAACUAACAGAAUUAUGAGUAAAUAAAAUAAAUGGGAAUACUUUGAAAAUUGCUGUGGUACAAGAGGAAUAAAACACAUUGGGACAGAGUGCAGCACAUCCCCAAGAGUUUUACUCCCCAUUUCAUCCGACCUUAACCAUGUCAGCAUCGAAAUGAAAACAAUCGCAUGCGUUAACACUAGUCCUUGACGUAUCUGAUCAGUCGAGCCGUCUGAAAAUGCGACGCGACACUAACGAAUUUUUUAACAGGUUAUUUAGCGCUGACAUUUUGUUUCGGUUGAAAAUGUUUUAACAUUUUGGGCAAUUCUGUUUAUCAUAUCUGAUAUUUUUUUUUUUUUUUUGUAUGUAUGUACUACGUGCCAUGAUGCUCGGAAGCCCAGGGUUCCUGGUUAAUGUCGAAUUUGAACCCUGUGUUAAGCACUUUAGACAGAAUUAUGAUUGUUAAUAAACUGUAUAAUAUAUAUAUAUAUUUAAAAAAAAUAACAGCAAUAAAAUAGUACAUUCUAAAAG